GACUGACGACACCCUUGGAUGUGGCGAAAACUAGGAUCAUGCUGUCGUUUCGAGUGAAUCAAGAGUCUGAGGGAAUCGUGCCGGUCCUACGGGACAUCUGGCAGGUUCACGGCCUGCGAGGGAUUUUCUCUGGCUUUUCGCCUCGUGUGUUCGACUUUGAUCGGUCAUACGGUGAUCUGCCUCGAACGUUUGACGAGGUCAUUACCCAGGCGCGCCAAGCUGAAGAAACUCAAGAAAUCUUCCGUUUGCAUGAUGACGAUAACAUUUGGAUUUGGUGUUUCGAAAUGACCGUGCCCCGAGUUAUGAUUAUGUCGUUGCGGUCGUUUUGGAUGACCAGCUCAUGCGCAGCCAAGAGACCCCUCAUUCGGCAGCCGAUAGCGGUUAUCGAAGAGCAUGACACGGACGACAUCGGUCCAUCCAACAGACGUACUCGAAUGCAAUCGAAGACCCGAAAAGCAGCCUUUUUGGAUUCAGACACGAUGUUCGAUCAGGCAGGUGCUGACGCUAUUCGACAUCAGCAACGGAAAGCUGAAAAGACUCGUAAAAAGACUUCCCGAGGAUUUGAUCAAAAUGAAGAUUUACGGAAAGGUCUGGAGUUCGUCAGUGGAUUCUAUUCUAUUUCGUGGUCAUCAGAAGCAGAUGUCGAAGGAAAACUGCUAUGGCAGCUGAUGACCCAUCUGCAUUCGAAGAAAGGUCGUCGUGCUCUCGGAAAACUUCUUCUCGAAGGUGUUCGACUUGUUUCUGAAGCCCUGAUCUGUGGAUUAAAUCUGAAUUCCGUAUACUUCUGCGAUCCAAAAAUACUAGGCCAAUUGCCGGCGAACUUCGACCGCUCCAAGUGUUUUAAAAUUAGUGGCGAAAGAAUGAGUGCUUGGUCCGUAAUGGACACACCACCUGGAGUACUCGGUGUUUUCGAUAAACCAGACAAUGACUUCGUUGCUGAACUUCAGGAACAGAAAAUUCCUUUAAUUUUGAUAUGCGACAAUAUAAGAGAACCUGGGAAUAUUGGAUCGGUUAUUCGAUCGUUUGCCGGAAUAGGUUGUGAGAAGAUCCUGAUGACCAAAGGUAAAUACAUGGAAUUUCGUCAUUUCAUUUUAACAUUUAGAACAGGGAUCCAGCUAUGGUUUUGUGUGUGUAGAGCAAGCAUGAACAAACUGCAGUGAUU